CGCGAGUAGUGACCGAUGAAUCCUCCGCAAAUUCCGCUAAAAAUUAUUACGGCGUAUACGUGAGUUAGUUUCGUGUGUUAUUUAUUUACCAACUGAAUUUUAACCUUAUAACCAUCAUUAAUCGACACUUAAGUCAUUUUAUUAAUAAAUACUAUUAAUUAAUGUAAUUAACAGAUGAUAGUAUUAUCCUGAAACAAAUAACGUCUGUUCAAUUGGUGUAUCAUUUUAUUUUUGUUAUUGUUGAUAUCCGUACAUUUUGGUUUAAUCUACAUACAUAUUUCCGGCUACAAUAAACAACAUAAUAUUGUUUAAUCCUUAAAAUGUGUAUUCCUGGUUAAUAUGAUGAAAACAAGUGAUUGAUACAAAGAACAGCAAAGAGAGAAACGUGUGUUAAAUCAGGCGCGCGUAUUACAUAUUAUCCGAUGUAAACAGUGAUUGUAAGGAAGUUUGAGGUGAUAAACAUUGAAGAAAUUUGAUAUAUAACAGUUAAAUCAUGUAAUAUAGAUUAAAUAUUAUACAUGCGCUGAUUAAAUAAUCUUUUAAAAAUUUAUAUAAAACAAAUUUGUAAGAUAAACUUACAAAUUAUUGUUCAAUAAAUAUCUGAAAUAAUUCCAAAAGAGGCAUCAAUUUUUGGGUAUAAGAAUGGCUCAACUCGAACAACAAUUGCCUAUCCAAAUGCCGGAUUUAAGUACACUCCGUAUUACAACAGCCGUAACAAUGUUUGGAAAAGCUUAUGAAUGUGGGAGAUGCAGUGCACCCCCGCCUGGACCCACGACGAGCACAGCAGUAGGAGCCGCAGGAGCUGCAGGUAGUAGUGCAGUGUCUUCCAGCUCCUUGGGACUUGUUCCCUCACAACAGACACACACACCACCUCAACCUACAGAACUGCCAGUAUUUUCAUGUCCACGUCGACCAAAUAUAGGACGUGAAGGACGGACUAUCGGUUUAAAAGCUAAUCACUUUCAAAUUAGUAUGCCAAGAGGCUUUGUUCAUCAUUAUGAUAUUAACAUACAACCAGAUAAAUGUCCUCGAAAAGUUAAUCGAGAAAUCAUUGAAACAAUGGUUCACGCUUACAGUAAAAUAUUUGGUACAUUGAAACCUGUAUUUGAUGGACGAAAUAAUUUGUACACAAGAGAUCCAUUACCGAUUGGUAAUGAUAAGCUAGAAUUAGAAGUUAUUCUACCUGGUGAAGGUAAAGACAGGGUUUUUCGUGUGGCAAUUAAAUGGGUAGCACAAGUUUCUCUAUAUGCUCUUGAAGAAGCUUUGGAAGGUCGAACACGACAAAUUCCUUAUGACGCUAUCCUUGCACUUGAUGUUGUUAUGAGGCAUUUACCAUCAAUGACGUAUACACCCGUUGGCAGAUCAUUCUUUAGCAGUCCAGAUGGUUAUUAUCAUCCUUUAGGUGGUGGUAGAGAAGUCUGGUUUGGUUUUCAUCAAUCAGUUCGACCAUCUCAAUGGAAAAUGAUGCUCAACAUUGAUGUAUCAGCAACGGCAUUUUAUAAAGCACAACCCGUCAUUGAGUUUAUGUGCGAGGUAUUGGAUAUUCGAGAUGUUAAUGAACAGAGGAAGCCUCUUACUGACUCGCAAAGGGUGAAAUUUACCAAAGAGAUAAAAGGGUUGAAGAUAGAGAUUACUCAUUGUGGUACUAUGCGACGAAAAUACAGAGUUUGUAAUGUCACACGUAAACCUGCCCAAAUGCAAUCAUUCCCGCUUCAACUUGAAAAUGGACAAACUGUUGAGUGCACAGUUGCUAAAUAUUUCUUGGAUAAAUAUAAGAUGAAACUGAGAUAUCCUCAUUUGCCAUGUCUUCAAGUUGGUCAAGAACAUAAGCAUACUUAUUUACCACUCGAGGUAUGUAAUAUUGUAGCGGGUCAGCGUUGUAUAAAAAAACUCACUGAUAUGCAAACUUCAACGAUGAUUAAAGCAACAGCGCGUUCAGCACCAGACAGAGAACGUGAAAUAAAUAACUUAGUUCGUCGAGCGGAUUUCAAUAAUGACUCGUAUGUUCAGGAGUUUGGUUUGUCUAUUUCCAACAACAUGGUGGAGGUUCGCGGUCGCGUGUUGCCACCGCCCAAGCUUCAGUACGGUGGGCGCGUAAGUUCCCUCAGUGGACAGACAAAACAACAAGCUUUACCCAAUGCCGGAGUAUGGGAUAUGCGAGGCAAACAAUUUUAUACUGGCGUUGAGAUAAGAGUGUGGGCAAUAGCCUGUUUUGCUCCUCAACGAACAGUUAGAGAAGAUGCUCUAAGAACUUUUACUUCACAACUCCAAAAAAUCAGUAACGAUGCUGGUAUGCCUAUAAUUGGACAACCAUGUUUUUGCAAGUAUGCCACUGGUCCAGAUCAAGUUGAGCCCAUGUUUCGUUAUUUGAAAACUACUUUCCAAGCUUUACAACUCGUCUGCGUUAUAUUACCUGGAAAAACUCCAGUUUAUGCUGAAGUUAAAAGAGUUGGAGAUACUCUAUUGGGAAUGGCAACUCAAUGUGUUCAAGCUAAGAAUGUUAACAAAACUUCACCUCAAACGUUAUCGAAUUUGUGCUUAAAAAUUAAUGUUAAACUUGGUGGCAUAAAUAGUAUUCUUGUACCUAGUAUUAGACCAAAAGUCUUUAACGAACCAGUCAUAUUUCUGGGUGCAGAUGUAACUCACCCACCAGCUGGUGAUAAUAAAAAGCCAAGUAUAGCUGCAGUUGUAGGAAGUGUCGAUGCUCAUCCUUCGCGUUAUGCUGCAACUGUACGAGUUCAACAGCAUAGACAAGAAAUUAUUCAAGAACUCAGUUCAAUGGUCAGAGAACUUUUGAUUAUGUUUUAUAAAAGCACAGGUGGUUAUAAACCACACAGAAUAAUUCUUUAUCGUGAUGGUGUAUCAGAAGGACAAUUUCUUCAUGUACUUCAGCAUGAGCUUAUAGCUAUUCGUGAAGCGUGUUUAAAACUUGAAGCUGAUUAUAGACCUGGCAUUACGUUCAUAGUUGUACAAAAAAGACAUCACACACGACUAUUUUGUGCUGAUAAAAAAGAGCAAAGUGGUAAAAGUGGAAAUAUACCAGCAGGAACAACGGUUGAUGUUAGUAUUGUUCAUCCGACUGAAUUUGACUUUUAUUUAUGUAGUCAUCAAGGAAUUCAGGGUACAUCUCGUCCAUCUCAUUAUCAUGUUUUAUGGGAUGAUAACCACUUUGAAAGUGAUGAAUUACAGUGUUUAACUUAUCAGCUAUGUCAUACAUACGUUAGAUGUACAAGAUCAGUCAGUAUACCAGCUCCAGCUUACUAUGCUCAUUUAGUAGCAUUUCGAGCAAGAUAUCAUCUUGUUGAAAAAGAACAUGACAGUUUUGUGGUUAUUUCUGAUUGCAGUGGUGAAGGUUCCCAUCAAUCUGGUUGUAGUGAAGAUAGAACACCAGGUGCAAUGGCACGUGCUAUCACCGUUCAUGCUGAUACUAAGAGAGUAAUGUAUUUCGCGUAAUUCCCUACCUUCCUUCCUUCCUUCAUUUUAUUAUUAUCGUUAUUAUUAUUAUUAUUAUUUUACUUAAUUAUUUUAUUUACAUCUUAUUUGGUAAGAAACACUAAUAACUCGAUUUAUUAUGUAAACAAAGAUUCAUUACAAAUCAACAAACCAUAUCAAGCAAGUUUCUCCAAACUUUAUUGGAGACAAUUAAUUUCAGUUAAUAUUUAUAGAUGAUUUUCAGCUACAAUUUUUAUUGGAUUUAUUUUUUUUAAUUAUUAUUGAUCAAUUCGAUAAAUCAAACAUUAAAUAAUAAUAAUAAUACCAAUAUUAGUAACAGCAAUAGUAAUAAUCCGCCACAUAUGUAGUCAAAAAUAAUUAAUAAUAAUAAUGAUAAUAAUUUUAAUAAUAAUAGUAAUUACGAUAACGCUUUCAAAAAUGAUUAUGUUUAUAAAAAAUAUUUUAAGAAGUGAAGUUAUUCUUGGAAAAUUAUGGUCUAAUUAAAGAUGAUUCAUGAUUAAUUAUUCUUCUGCAAGUUUGAAUCUUCUACAUUACUCAUCGCAGAUGAUGAGACUUUUCUAUUGAUCGAUGAGUAAUAAAUAUAUGCAAUUUUAAAA